CUCGACGCCAACUGCACCAGCGGAGAGGUGUAGGCUGCUACGGGUCGGAGUCCAGGGAACUAGAGUCAGACGCAGAUCCACCGCGAUAUCGGGACAUUCAGAGUCACAGGCACCAUGUCUGAUCACCGUGAUGUCCGACCACCUCCUCCACACAGGAGCAAAGUGUGCCGCCGGCUCUUCGGUCCCGUGGACAGCGAGCAGUUGCGCCGUGAUGGCGAUGCACUCAUGGCUAGCUGCCUCCAGGAAGCCCGGGAACGAUGGAACUUUGACUUCGUCACUGAGACGCCGCUGGAGGGCAACUACGUCUGGGAGCGUGUUGGGGGCCUAGGGCUGCCCAAGCCCUACCUGAGCCCUGGGUCCCGUGGCCGUGAUGACCUAGGAGGAGACAAGAGGCCUAGUACCUCCUCAGCUCUGCUGCAGGGGCCAGCUCCGGAGGACCACGUGGCCCUGUCCCUGUCUUGCACUCUGGUAUCUCACCCCCCUGAGCGGCCUGAAGACUCCCCCGGUGGGCUCGGAACAUCUCAGGGCAGAAAACGGAGGCAGACCAGCCUGACAGAUUUCUAUCACUCUAAGCGCCGACUGGUCUUCUGCAAGAGAAAGCCUUAAUGCGUCCAGGGAGCCUCACCCCCUUCCACCAUGGGCCAGGAGGCGCUUUCCCCAUCUGCUGCCUUAGCCUCGCCUUCACUUUGUGUGUCUUAAUUAUUAUUUGUGUUUUAAUUUAAACUUUUCCUGUAUAUAUUCUGCCUGCCCCCUCCCAGCCUCCAACCUUAGAGUUAUUUAAAAAGAAACAAAACCUAAAUUAGUAGGGAUGGUAGGGCCCUCAGCGCUGGGCAUUUUUAUUGUGUACACUAUUAUUUAAGUUCCUCUCAACCCAAACUCUCUGUUCCCUAUCCUGGAAGGAAGGUCGGACUGGAUUCAUGCCAUCCGCACCUUCCCCCAUCCUCCCC